UGCUGCUUGUUUGUGGGACUCCACAUGUAAACACUGAUGGCCUGCAGCUCGUCCUGUCAGCUGAGCAGCGAUGAUCCAGAUCAAAAACCGCCUCAGGUUCAGCUCUGUGGGCAUCUCUGCUGCCAGGCUGUUCUCCUCCGGAGCCGCCAAGAACCCGCUGGUGUUUCUGGACGUGGAGGCGGACGGUGAGCCUCUGGGGAGGAUAACCAUCCAGCUAGAUGCAGAUGCAGUGCCAAAAACUGCAGAGAACUUCAGAGCGUUAUGCACUGGGGAACAUGGCUUUGGAUACAAGGGAUCAGUGUUCCACAGAGUCAUACCUGAGUUCAUGUGUCAGGGAGGAGAUUUCACCAACCACAACGGCACAGGAGGCAAAUCUAUUUAUGGGAAAACAUUCAAAGAUGAAAACUUCAAAUUAAAACACACCGGUCCAGGAACACUUUCAAUGGCAAACUCAGGGCCGAACACCAACGGCUCACAGUUCUUCAUUUGCACCACUAAAACGGAAUGGCUUGAUGGUAAACAUGUGGUGUUCGGGCAGGUGAAGGACGGUAUGGAUGUGGUCACCAAGAUGGAAUCCUUUGGUUUACACGAUGGCGGUGUGAUCAAGAAAAUUGUCAUCACUGACUGUGGGGAGAUCAAAUAACACCCUACGACCAUUCACAGACUGCUGUCCGAUGACUCAAUAUGCAACCAUUUGCUAUUUACUUUAUCUCCCAUUCUUGAUUCAUGAUACUUCCAAGGAGGAACUGUCCCAGGUGAUUCUGUUCUUAACUCAAAUUUGCAGUUUUUACUGUUAAUUAUUUUGUAAGAGAUCCAGAGAUUUAUCAUUUUACACUCCAAAUCACUAUGAAAUGUUUAUAUAGUGUGUGUAAGAGUAUGUGAGAAAGUAAGUUUUAACUUGGCCAAUCUAUUUUGUGUCCAAGUGCUAAGCCAUCCACUGUAUAAAAUUAUUGUGCAGUUAAUCUCCAUUUACUGCCAAAUAAAUGACAAUUUUGAGAUUUUACUAGCUCUGGUCUCAGACAGGACAUUUGCCGUCAUGUGCCACCGACCCUGCUGGUUUUAAAGCUUCCCGGAAAUGAUCCUGCAGCUUUUUUUAGACACAGGCUCCAGCAGAAACUGACUUCCUGUCCAUCAGAGCAGGAUGUGACAUCCACCUACACUGGAGCUGAAGAAUCACAUGAAUGCAGUUGACAGAUGACGGACAUGUGGAAUCUGGCCUCAUUGGACACAGUCGGUGCAGAUGAUUUAAUCUGCUGGAACCGCAGAGCAACCUGAAAAUGUCUUCAGCUCGCGUGUAGGCCGCUCUUCCUUCGCUGCCUCUUUAUUUGAAACGCAGAGCGUCUUGAAGCGAGGGCGAGGGGGAGAAAAGGAGGGCAGGACAUGUCUGAAAGCCAGAGACUGGGUGGUGCUGCUUAUCGAGCUAAUACUUUAUGAAAGUAAAUAAUGAAGCGACGUGAAAAAGCAGCUCUUGCUCCUAAAUGAAACCAUAUGCGUGCUGACCUUCCACCGUUUGUUUGAAUUCUCAGAUUACAUUGUUGCUAUAGAGACUUUUCAGCUCUCACUCUGUUUGAGCUCAAGAUGUUGUAACAAACUUGAUAUAAUUUGGGUCCCCACCCUCUGGUUUAGUUUUAGUUAUUUGGAAUGCAUGUCCAAUAUUGUGCAUGGAAACUUGGCUGCAGAGACAAUGGUGCUGUGGCCAACAUUUAAUACACAUACUAAACAAUGACAUCUUA